AACCUUUCAACUCCAGGGUUCCUCAUGUUAGAACAGCUAGUCUAAUCAAGUGCUAGCGCGAAUACUGAUUUCACGGAUAAUCACUUUUGAAUUAUCAAACCAAUUCAUAAUUGCAAUGACCUCAAAGGCUCCAAAUAUGAUGAGGCUGUUUUUAGGCCAAGUAUUCGGUAUCCGAAUGAACAGGACAAUUAAGGUCAAAGUAACGAAGAUGGAACUUGAUGAGUACGUGAUGAAGUAUUACAGUAAACCACAAAUAUGCUACGUCUAUGAUGGAAAAUAUGAAACAACAUCGGGAGACAUUGUACUGAUCAAAGAGCUGCCUGUACCAAGAUCUGCUAAAGUCAGACAUUCACUGGAAAAGAUAGUCUACCAAGUUGGUCGUACCAUUGAUCCUAUAACACGCAGGAGGUGCACCUAUUUCUCAUACCUAGAUGAUGCGGGAACGAAACAGACAAUGGAUGAUGUGGGCAAGAAUCAAACAAAUGCUGACAUGGAAUAAAUUACACAGGAUAUAAACCAAUUACAUUAGGACUGAGGAAGGAACACCUGUUUAAUUCGAUGCAAGAUAUACUAAUCUGAUUUGUUACUGUUUUUCACGCCCGUUCAAUGUGUCACAUGUUUUUCAGCACCAUAGUAACUCUCAAAUUCUCUCACAAAAUGACCCUAGAUUUCCAAGAGGACUGGGAAAGCAUUUUAUUGGUUAUAUAUUAUUGGUUUUACUGUAGUUCUCUGUACCUUUUUAUCGUCGAUAUGAUUAUUU